AUGGCUUCCGACCCUAAUGGUGUGUUGCAACUCAUAGAUAAAGCUAGGGACAUACUCGAUGUAGUGCAGAGAGACGCAAAGAAAGCAGCCAGACUAGUCACAAAACUAAGUGAGCAAAACACACAGCCAACAACGCAAGCAAAUAUGACAAACAUCAAACUUCCUAAGCUAGAGUUACCCAUGUUUUCAGGCAAUAUUCUCAAAUGGCCGGAAUUCUGGUCAGCGUUUGAAGCCGCGGUGGACAGACAACCCAUCCCCGACAUUAACAAGUUAAAUUAUUUGCUGAGUAGCUUGAAGGGUUUUGCGCAUGAGGUUGUAGAGGGAUACGCAGUUACUUCGUCUAACUACAGGGUCGUAGUAAGUGUACUUAAGGAACGAUUUGGUAAUGAGAGAAUCAUCAUAAAGUCCCUCCACGAUGAAUUGAAAAGAAUACGUCAAGCUGAUCCCAAAAACCCCUCUCAAACCAUCAACGAAAUUGAACGGGUACUCCGGCAGCUUGAAGCAAUGAACGAAGAUAUCAAACAUCCGAUUAUCGAAUUGAUCGUGGAAGAAAAUUUACCGAAGUGGUUACUCAUCAAUAUUUACGAGUGGGAUAUCAAUAAACUGCGCGAAUAUAUCAAUGAAGUGGUCAUCAGAAGAGAAGAGGUGGACCGUAUCACAAACAAUUCAAUAUGGGUAUCCAUCGCAAAGAAACGAAGUCGGGAACAAAAAAUCGAUCAGAACUGA